UUUUACCACAAAUUAGACAUUUUUCAUUGAAGGAAAAGUAAAUAAAUAAUUCCAUAAAAUGAGCAAUUAUAUUAAUAAUGAGUGUCUUAUAAAUGGAAUUCAAUAUAAAUGUCGUACAUGCUUUGAUCCAGGACAAUCAGUUUAUUCCCUUACAGCUGAAUGCAGCAACUCAAAAACCUGGCGUGAUUUAUUAAAGGAAAUUGCACAGUUUCAGGCUAUCGAGGAUGAGCUACUACUACCAAGGACUGUGUGCUGUAAAUGUUUGGAUAAAAUUAUAAGUUUCUAUGAUUUUAUACUGCAGAUACAAAAUGUGAAUAAAAAAUACUCUCAAUUAUUGGGAAGAUGUGAGAAUGGGGUUUCAAAUGAAAUUGACAAUUUUACUGAUUGUCUGGCAGAGUCUGCUAAUGUUUUGCCGUUGGAGAUGGUAAUUCCGGAAAUUAAAGUGGAAGAAACGCAGAUUGUUCCAUACGACAUUGUUUACUGUGAGAAUAAUAAACUGCAAAAAUUGGAAAAUACAGACGGUCAUGACCCUUUUAUAGAAACGAGUGAUGAGGGUAAAAAUUCAAUGUCAGUGCAAAUGGAAGAAAUCCAAAGAUCACUAACUGAACAAAAUAAUCAAAGUUCAAACGAUGACGAAAAUAAAUUCAGCUCCUCAUCGUCCGAUGAAAGUGAUAACUUGUCUAAAAACAAUAUUUCAAAAAGCCAACCGAGCGAACAAACUACAUUUGAGAAAGAUUCAGACUAUGCGCUAAUCAAGAAAGUGAACAAUCAUUUUCAAUGUGUCGUAUGUAAGACAUCAUUUAAGUUUCAAAAAGAUUGUCGUCGACAUAUAAAAGCCUCACACUCUAGCCAAAAUAAAGAUAGCUCCUCGUCAUCCAAUGAAAGUGAUUAUGAUUAUGAGUCAGCUUAUAGACAACUAAUCCCACUAACAGAAUUGUCAGAAUAUCUAAUCGAAAAAGUCAACAAUCGUUUCGUAUGUCCUAUAUGUAAAAAAACAUUUACGUUACGAAGGAAUUGUCGUCGGCAUAUUUUUGCAAUACACUCACAUGAAACCAUAUAUCCUUGUGGAUUUUGUGAUCAACAUUUUAACUGCAAAAACGACUUAGAAAUACAUCUUAAACGUAUACAUCCAAGUGAAUCACUCGGCUCAAACUCUAAGCAUAUACAACGAUUAUUUGGAGAUCGUUUAUACAGCAAGCCUGCAGCUUGGUAUCUGGUCGAAUGUAAAUUGUGUGAUACAACAUUUACAACAACUAAAGAACUUCGUCAGCACUUGGAAAAUCACAGGGAUGUAAACUCUCUUCGUGGCUUAGACUUGGACAGUAAUAUUGUCCAGCAUUUAUUUCCAGAAAUGAUUGAUUUGGAUGUUCUCAAGGAAAGUAUAUGCAAUGAUAUUCGUGAGGAAGAUUGGUUCAAAUAUUACAAAGUGUUAAAUGAACAUUUUUAUGAAAUGUCUGUUAGUGAUACAGAAGCAGAAGAUUUGCUAGAAGAAACAGCAGAGCGUGUUGGCAAAUACAAGUGUGAAUUGUGUUUUGAAGAUUUCUUGUAUAAAUACCAAGUUUUCUCCCAUUUAAAAGAAUGUCAUAACAAAGAAGACAUCCCUUUGAAAUGUAGACGAUGCAAAUUGGAAUUUAUUUCAAUAAAAAUGUACGAAGAUCACAGAAAAACGCAUUGCCGAAAUAAAAAUAAAGUUUUACCUUGUUCAAGUUGCCCGGCCAAGUUUGUUUGGCCGGAAAAUUUGGAAAAACACAAGUGUGCCACAAAAAAAACACCGCAGAACUGGCCCACUAUUCCUAAAGAUAAACUAAAAUGUAACAUAUGCGAACUGGAAUUCGAGGAAAAUGCAGAAUAUCAAGAGCAUUUAGUGACACAUAGUAAUUGCAGGACCGCAAAUAAUCUAUUGAAACACAAAGAAAUACAGAAUCACAUGACAACCGAUGUUCAAAUUUAUUACUGUCUCCUGUGCCCAAAAACUUUCUUUAGUGUUGAAGAUGUUAAAGAGCACUUAGGUCGACACAGUGUAACACCAGCUGAUGUCAAGACUGUUGAAAGUAUAGUAAAUUCUACAUGGUGGCCAAACGGUAACAAAACAAUUAAAUGUAAACUAUGUGGCCUAACAUUUGAAACUAUGGCAAAAUUAAGUGAACAUUUUUCACCUACAAAUCCACAUACAUCGUGCGCUAAUUCACAUUCACUGGCGAAUUACUCAAUUACAAAUCAAAAAGGAUUCGAAUUGCAUUUAGAUCUAGAUUCUGAAACAGAAUUAGAAGAUGAGCAAGAAGCGGAUGAACAUAAAGGAGACAAUAUACAGACUUUAUAUCCCUACAGCUGUUGCAUGUGCAGUAAGUCGUUUAUGCGAAAAUAUCAAAUAGCUCAACAUCAGCGAUCUAUGCAUAAUUAUGAAUUGCUACAGCUAAAGUGUGAACGUUGUAUAUUUAGAACAGUCUCACAGGAAUUUUUAGAUUAUCAUAAAGAUACGCAGUGUUUUAAUGAUGAAAAGAUUUACGAAUGUGAUCAGUGCCAUUUUAAAUUUAUGUGGCAAGAGAAUCUAGAUAAUCAUCAAGCUAUAUUUCAUACUCCCAAAGAAUGGGGAAAAGCAACGGAUGUAGCGAUUUAUAAUCAGUCUGCGCCAAUCGAGAUCAAUACUAUGGAGUCAUCAUCAAAUAACGACGAUGCAAAAGUUAGCAGACCAUCAAGAAUAACAAAAGGAGAGACAUGUACAAUUUGUGGGGUGUACUUCAAAAAAGGUUCAGUCCUUAAGGUACACAUGAUGAAGCACAGGGGUGUGAAACCGUUCAAAUGUGAUAUUUGCAAAAAGUCCUUUUUACGCAAUAUCGAGUUAAAGAAUCACCAAGUCACACACACUGGCAAACGUCCCUUCAAGUGUCUACAUUGCGAUAAAGGAUUUGCACGACAAUACUUAUUACGAGAACACACGCGUCUGCACACUGGCGAACGUCCUUACCAGUGCACAAUUUGUCAGAAAUCAUUUAACAAUUCGUCCUAUCUGAAACUCCAUUUGCGUUAUCAUACUGGCGAUAGACCCUUCAAGUGUGAUAUUUGCGGUAAAAGUUUUGUAUGUUCCAGCUAUCUGAAAAAACAUUGUGACAGUACAGGUCACAACAAAUUGUUUUCAACGUCAGUCAACAUUUCCAAUUCAAAUGUUUCCGAAGAGCCCAGAUCAAGCGGGAGAAAUAAAUCGUUAUGUCCCAUUUGUGGAAUAUACUUGUCGCCCAAUUCAAGUCUAACAUUACACCUUAGAUUGCACACGGGUGAGAGACCCUUCAAGUGUGAUUUUUGCGAAAGUGCCUUCGUAUGUAAAACCGAUUUAAAUAAACAUCGACGAACACACACUGGUGAACGGCCCUUCAAAUGUACGGUAUGCGGUAAAGGAUUUCCGCAAAACUAUAAAUUAACUAUUCAUAACCGCAUACACACCGGCGAACGUCCCUACAAGUGCAAGUUUUGUCAGAGAACAUUUGCGCAUUCGGAUUAUCUGAGACUACAUUUGCGUAAUCAUACAGGCGAGAAUCUUUCUAGGUGUGACAUUUGCGGUAAAUCUUUCGUAUUGCCUGUUUAUCUGAGACGACAUCGUGUUGCAAUGGGUCAUCACUAGGGGGCGGAUUUUCAUGCAUUUAUUAUUGGAAAAUAUGCGCCUAAAAUAUGCUUUAAAAAAUCAAAAUAUGACCUAAAAAUUCAAAAAUAUGCACUUAUAUUUUUGUGCAGAAAUAUAAAAUAAUUAACAAAGUCCAAGAAAUAUACAACAGUGUUCCCAGGUUAGGACUCUUUAAAUUAUGUCAGGAAUUAAAUAGUUAAAGUUUUAAAAUUAUAAUUGUUCCUCUGAGAAAACGAUGAAUAUAUUAAAUAUAAUACUUGUUUAAAGCCAUAAUCUUAAAUCAUCUAUCUUGCGACUUGCCUUUUAAAAUCAUCAAUAUUUUGAUCGUGCUGUAAAGUAGAAUCCAACCUUAAUAUUUUCUAUGUAAUAUGAAUUUUUAAAUAUAUAAAUAAAUAAAAAAACAAGUAAUAUA